UGAUUAGCCCGCAGCUAACGAAAGCUAACGAAAGCUGUUUUAUUUAACUUUUUAUUGUUUUAUAGGGCAGAAUUGUGUAGCUCGUAUUUUACCGUAUUUUUUAAAAAGUUUGCUUUGGAUUAUGUCGAAAUUCAACUUCAGUUUCAGAAGAAAAGAGCGAAGAGCUUUUAAGCAUAUAGCUCACGGUUUGAUCCCGGCUGCCACCAUUGCCCCCAGACCUGCCGUUCCCCGCACUCCUCCACCUCGCAGCCCCAAUCCCUCACCAGAGAGACCCAGAUCGGCUCUCGCGGCUGCCAUAUUGACGUCCUCCUUAACAGGACGUACGUUUGCCAUCCCUCCACCUCGCAACAGGUCCUAUUCUGAGAGUGAUUGCUCACACACGGACAGUCAAGCUGGAUUUGAGCCUUUUGCCAGCACUGCACUCUACACCAGAGAUCAAUGGCCAGACUCCAUGCCAGACAGACCACGGUUUCCCUCUCUGCAACCCGACGAUGAUGAGUUUGACAGAGACGAAGAUGACGAGGAAGAGAUAGAGGAAGAUGUGGAAAUCGAUGACGGCCAUGUGUACCAGUCUCUAGACAGACAGGGAAGAGCCGCAGUGCCCGACGCUGUGUAUGCAGCACCAUUAAAGAAGGUGUCAUCUCGCUCAAAGCUGGACGACGACACAGACAACUCUACCUUUGAAAUUGUCUCCCCUUUAAACACUGAAGAUGAAACAGAGCUGGAAGAAGGAACGGCUAUGAAGAAGCCCACACUGGCACUACAGGCAAGGAAUCCAUCUCACAGAAGCAUGUUGUCUCCAGACUUGAUGGAAUACCACACUGAUCAUCCUCCGAAGUGUCCGAGCAGCAGCACCCCAAAAAGAAAACCCUCGGUUAACAAUAGGAGUCCAUCACAAGGAAGCGAGAGAAACAAAUCAGGGGAAAGCGAGGCUUCUAGCUGUGCUGUGGAGCUUCACCAGGGACUGAUUAAGGAACUGAGGGAGUUAAAGGAACAGAAUUCUACUCUCUGUGCAGAGAAGGAGGCGAUGGAGAGGAGAUGCUCAGAGCAGAGCCGGCAGAUUCAGCACCUUCAACAACAGCUGACACACUCACAGCAACACAAAAAUCAGAACUCGGAACUGUUAAGUCUGAGACAGCAGGCGCAGGAACUAGUGGACCAGAACGAUGGAUUGAAGAUGACGGUGCAUCGCCUAAACGUAGAGCUGAGCAGAUAUCAGGCCACGUUCAGACCACUCACCAGAGACGAGCAUUGUCGGAGCAUUGGCCUAUCAAGAAAAGGACCGGCUCCUGCUUGGCUAUUGGAUAUGAAAUAUUUAUCUCCGCUCCUGUUGGCGUAUGAAGACCAGCUAGCAGAGAGCAACCAGCUCCUUAAGUCCUGUGAGGAAGAAGUAAGGAUACUGAGAGCCCGUGUCGAGGAAGUGAUUCAGGAAAAUGACAAGCUUCAUUCAGAACUCAGCAAGAGGAGCAGCGUCAGUAAUAAAGAGUGGAGGCAGUUGCAGGAUCAAGCACGGCUGGUGUUGGAGGAGAAUCAGGUGUUAAUAGAACAGCUGGAGCUGCAGCAUACUAAAACCAAGGAGACACACACCAAACACACCCAGGAAGUGUGCAAGGUGUCAAAACAGGUCAUAUUGUUGGAGGCUGAGAAACAGAGCCUGGAGACGGAGUUAGAGUCGGCGCGUAAAGAACUCCAUGUCCUGAAGAUUGAGAUUCAAAAAGCUCACUCAGCUUUGGAGAGCUCAGUCAGCUGUGUCGAACACAGCUCAGCAACAGACAAUCUCAAAAGACAGUUGGAAGAAAAGAAAAGGACAAAAAGCAGCGAGUUAGAAGCACUGCAUGACCAUGUGAGCACUCUUCAAGCUGAGAAAAAGACUCUGCUACGAGAGAAAAAUGACCUCAACACUGACAUCCAACACCUGGAGAAUGAGCUUCAGCUGGCACGCCAAGCAAACAGAAAGGCUCAGAAACGUAUCGAUCGCCUGAAGCAACAGACUGAGGAAUCAUUACAGAAAGAGCUGCUGGCCUACCAGUACCUCGCCAGUAUUGUGAUGCUUGCGGAGAAAACCACGUAUGAGAGGGACCAGCUCAUACAGAUGGCCUCGUGUCUGGAGAAAGACAAGCAGGGCGUCCUGUCCCGGAUCCUAGACGGCACUGUCCGGCUCGGUAAACUGCAGGAAAAAGUCAAGGUGUACAAGCAUCAGGCAUCCAGGAGCGUGUGCGCGCUGAGCCAGCGACUCCGCGAUCAAGAGCAGGACUUCGCAGGCAAAGCGGCCAGCUUCCAGCGGGAGAUCCGACACCUGCAGGCUCAGCUCCGCGACCGUCAGGAGCAACUCAGCGACGCUCUGCAGCAAAGGAGGGAGGUGGAGAAUGAAUUAGAGGUGGUUUGGGAAGCUUCUGCUACAGAGAACCAGCAUUUGCAGAACAUGGUGUUGGGCAAAGUCGAUGUCUUGUUGAGCGCUCCGGACUCUCGCCCGUCUCUGGCCUGGAAGCCACGGGAUGAUAUUUAUCAGGCCUCUACAAUGAUACAGAAACAGGACAGUCUUCUUUGUGGGUCUAACUCGGAGCAGAAGCAAAACCUCUCGUCUGAUGAAAGUGAGAAGAACGGGUUAGAUUUUUAUUCCUGAUGACAAAAAUGAUUAAAGAUACAAGUGUGUCUGUGAUAUACAUGAUAGAUUCGGUUAGGCAGGUCAAUACUCUUUUGUUAGCUCUAUAAGGCUGUACUGAGCUCUUCUAGUUUGGUUAAAGCAAUGAUAUGCCACAGUUUCUAAAGCCAUGUAGAUGUUUGCUUUUGAUCAAUGCAUUUAAUUUUAACAUUUUCUACCUAAAACUGCAUUGACAAUUUGUACUUAUUAGACAAAACAAUAAAAAAAAAGCUUUUAAAUUGGGAGGCACAAAAUGUGACAACAAAGCCUUAUCACAUAACUUUAUAUUAAUCCAGUUUGUAGAACUACUAAUUAACUGGUGUCUUAAGCCCCCAGUUAGUUAAGGUUUGUUAAUAGGAAAGGUGAUGUUUACUGGUAAACGUGGUCCUGUCCCAAUUUUAUCUGAAACAUGUUACAGGCAACACAUUUUAACUCAACCCUCAAAACUAUAGCAUACACAUGGUCAAGUGUCAAAUAUCAUAUUUUUACACUUUUUAUUAAAUACAUGUUAAAAACAAUAAAGCUAUUUAUAAGUA